CUCCGGCGCGACGUCGCGCUCUCCCGCCGGCCCGGCCCGCAGCCUAUGGCCCUGGAGGGCGCCGCUGCCUCCUGUAUUUCUGCUGUAGGUUCCCACAUCCCUCUUUAAAAAUUCCGCCUAAAAAGAGAAGACGAUUUACCAAAUCUUUCGGGCCGUUGUCCCACGGCAAACUCUCUGACCAGGUUUACAACUAUCCAGAGGGUUUAGGAGAAGUGCUUUAUCGGGAACAGUUCGACUUCAACGCUGAGCCACCUUGGGAACCUAGCUGAUGAUAGUAGGGUUCCAUCUCCUAACUUGUCCAUUUUGUUGCAUAAUUUAAGGACCCGGCUCUAAGGCUUUGCAGCCCGUCCCUUGUGUUUCUUGGUUUAUGACUGUCGGCUUUGCGGAAUACGGCUGAGAUGAAAGGAUUUCUUGAGGAUGCAAACUACUCCAUUGGCUUAUUGGAUGAAGGAGUGAACCUUGGAGAUGUCAUCGACAACUGCAUUUAUGAACAUACUCUUACUAGCAAAAAUGCUUUUUUUGUUGGUGAUCUGGGGAAGUUGACCAAGCAGCACAUCCAUUGGCAGAAUGUUAUGGCACGAAUAAAACCAUUUUACAAUGUAAAAUGUAACUCUACUCCUGGUGUACUUGAGAUUCUGGCAGCUCUUGGAACUGGGUUUGCAUGUUCGAGUAAAACGGAAAUGGCAUUGAUUCAAGAUUUGGGCAUUUCUGCUAAAAAUAUCAUAUUCACUAAUCCUUGCAAGCAAGCUUCUCAGAUAAAAUAUGCAGCCAAAAUUGGAGUAAACCUUUUGUCAUGUGACAGUGAUUUGGAACUAAAGAAAAUUGCUAGGAAUCAUCCAAAUGCAAAGCUCUUACUCCAUAUUGCCACAGAAGACAAUGGAGGUGAAGAGAUGAACAUGAAGUUUGGCACCACCCUGAAGAACUGUCGGCAUCUCAUGGAAUGUGCUAAGGAGCUGGAUGUCCAAAUAGUUGGUGUUAAAUUUCAUGUUUCAAACUCCUGCAAGGAACCUCAAGUAUACAAACAUGCUAUUUCUGAUGCUCGCUGUGUAUUUGAUAUGGCUGAAGAAUUUGGCUUUACCAUGAAUAUGUUGAACAUUGGUGGGGGCUUCACAGAUAGUGAACGUGAUCUGGAAGAGGUUAAUCACAUUGUCAGUCCACUGCUGGAUAUCUACUUUCCUGAAGAGUCUGGUAUAAAUGUGGUUGCAGAGCCCGGAUGCUAUUACGUUACAUCUGCAUUUACUCUUGCAGUUAAUGUUAUUGCCAAGAAAGCUGCUCAGUGUGAUAAACAUCUUCCCUUUGAAAUGGAACAAACCAGGAAUGAUGAACUGGUCUUCAUGUACUACAUGAAUGAUGGUGUUUAUGGUUCUUUUGCAAGCAAAUUAUCUGAGAAUUUGAAUAUGAUUCCGGAGGUUCACAAGAAAUACAAGGAAGAUGAGCCUCUGUUUACAAGCAGCCUUUGGGGUCCAUCCUGUGAUGAGCUUGAUCAAAUCGUAGAAAACUGUCUUCUCCCUGAGCUGAAUAUUGGAGACUGGCUACUCUUUGACAAUAUGGGAUCUGGUACCUUGGGUGAACAGUCUACUUUCAAUAACUUACAAAGGCCACCAGUUUAUUACAUAAUGUCAUUUGGUAACUGGUGUGAGAUGCAAGAUGCUGGCUUUACCUCUGACACGCUGAUGAAGAAUUUCUUCUUUGUGCCUUCUUGCAUUCAGCUGAGUCCUGAAGACAGCUUUUCUAUUGCAGCUUAAACAGGCAUUUAAUGCUUCAUUUAGCCUUGCAGUUGCAUGUCUGUAGUCUUGUCUGGUCACAACAUUCCAGUUUGGAAGGGAAAAAAAAUGGAACAAUCUUGAAUGAAUUAUUUAACACUUGAAAUAAAUUGGGACCAGGCAAAACCAGCUACAACUACAAUUCACUGGGGGAGUGAGGGUUAAAUAAUAAUUAAUAUUAAAAUUUAAACUCGUCAGAUAAUUCAGUCCCUCAGCAUUUAAAUAAAAUAUGCAACAAAAUGGAUGACUUAGUCGAGAUGGAAACCCAUCACUUGGGUUCUGUUAAAACAGUUUACAUACAAGUACAGUUUUUAUACUAAGGAUUUCUGUUAGAAAGUCUUGUAAAGUUGUCUUUCCCCCAGAUAUAUGAAAUGUCAGUGGGAAACAAAGUGUGACUUCAUUAGUUACGUUUAGUGUAUUUAGAAUGUGUAAAUUUGUGCUUUGAACUGUAGUUUAAUAAAUGUAAAAUUGCAUCAUA